AUGGCUUGUGGCUACCCCAGGAGAGACCCUUCUCCUCCUCCUCACCCCAGAGACAGGGCUCACCUGCUGGAAGAGCGGUUGACCAGCCAGGAGAGGACCACGGCUUUCCUCCUUCACCAGGCUUUCCGAAUCAAAGACGACAUCGCCUCCUACCUCCAUGGAAACAAUGGUUAUAAGCACGGGGAGACUGCUGCCCGGCGGCUGCUGGAAAACCACAUCCAGGCCAUCACCAGCAUCGUUAAGAAGCUCAGCCAGGACAUUGAGGUUUUGGAGAGGCAAAUUAGAACAAGGGAUGGUGCUGCAGUAGAAACUAAUUUUGCUGUUCGAAGCCUGGACCAUAAAUACAUCCAGGGUCUCGGAGACCUGCGUGGAAGAGUGGCGAGAUGCGAGGCGAGCAUCGCAAAGCUGUCAGGGGACAUCAGCGUCAUCCGGCGUGAGGCCCAGAAGACCGACAAAGAGAUUUAUGGCCUUCACUCUGCUCUCAAAAAUUGUGCUGGCGAUUUUGAGAUGAAGGUAAUGCAGCUAUUAGGCAAGAUAGAGACUUCCAGCUCCGAUCAAAGCUCGAGUUUAAAGACAGUCCAGGGAGAUCAACAACAUCAAUUGCAACUCCUGGAUUUGAAGUUGACAAGCACUCUAAGUGACUUCAGGGAUCAGGUACAGACCCAUCGGACGUGGACAGAGACGCAGCUGACACGGUGGGAAGCAGAUCAAGCCCAGCACCGGCACCAGCUCCUCAACUGGGUGAAGGAGAGGCUGGAAAGAGCAGAAAAAAGAGUAGAAGAAAAUCUCCUCCUCCUGUCACUGAAGCUAGAGCGAAUGGAGAAGCCGCAGAAAUACGAAAAGCAGUUGAACCAGAUGAAAAGUGACGAAAAAAAACUGCAGGCAAGAAUCACCAGAUUUGAAAGACAGGUCUGGAAGGAGCUUGAGGAAAUCCAAAACGAAUACAGAUCAGGAUUUCAAUCCAUUCACGAGUCACUGGAGCUGCUCAAAGAAAUACAGAACUCAAAGCUGAAACUGGAAAAAAAGAAAAUUCAGAAAGACAUGAAAAAGAGGCAAUGACAGCGACCUCCCAGAAGACUGAACAGCAGGAGCAAGCCCUGUCCUCUCUGCAGAUGCCCUCUCCAGUGAGGAGCAGCAUCGGGUUAAAGAAAGAAGCAGCCCUUGGACAGACCUGACUUUGCUCUCCCCUGUCCCUGAAGGAUGUUAUUGAUACUCGUGGUAUUGGGCAGCCACAAAAAUAACAGCUCUGUAACACCAACAGUCAUUUUCACACCCAUCUUACAACAGCAUACUCCACUGGAAAAGAAAAUUGAACUUUAAGGUUUGACUUAAACUUUUACAAGCAGAUUUAAUACAAAAAUAUUCCUAUUAUUUAAAGGACUUCAAGAAAACAAGCAGUUGGAUAUUAAGUGUGGUUAGAGCAGUCCUGCCAUCGGCUAUAUCAGUUUUAGGUUGGUGUAAAUAUUGAAAUUAGGUCCAGUAAAUUCCCCCAGCUGCACACAAGGUGUCUGCAGUAACAGCAUAUGGAAAUGAGUAUCAGAGUAUCUACUGGUGCAUGAAUUGGACCUAUUACAGUAAGUUACCGGAUCAUUAGAAGUAACUAAUAAAUUGGGUACAGGUGACAAAACAAAGGUCUAUUAUUAGCAGAUGCAUUACUAAUGUGGUCUUCUCUUUUUGAAUAAAAGUUAGUGGUGGUUUGCAGAGUAGAACGCUAAAAAAUGUAACUCACAUUCUGGGUUUUGUUUUGCUACAAAAACCAAAACCAAAAAAAUCAGUCUGAAAAUAUGGAUUAAAAACUCUGGGAGAAGGGCAAAUGAGAUGUAUCAGUGUAAUUUCCCAACAGAAGCUAUUAUGAGCUCUUCAGCAGAGAGGCCAAAAAAGGUGGUCACAAAGCAAUUUCGGUAGAAACCUGAAUUUCUACGGUACAUUUGUUUCCGGAAAAUUCAAGAGGACUCAGAUAAUCAUCCUCCUCCAAUAAUUCGCAUCUCAAAUCUCUUGUGCUUUUUGCUCUGCAGAAAAGCAGUUUUCCCAAGGCCAUGAAUUCCAGGUGGCUUCUCAGAGAAGCCAAAGCUGCAAAGCAGAAGGGAGCACUGCUUGGGCAAUUAAUCACCUUGCUCAGGCAGGCAGACACUUUGCAUGUUUACAGUUCCUCUAGUGAGCAAGAAGUCCCAGA